AGUUUUUAAGAACGUGAUGACGACAUCGACGUGCGACGGCAGACCGGAGAAGCUUGUAUGAGUUCUUCACGGAGAGCCGGACGAUGACUACAAGUUUGAAACAAGCUUUAAAACAGAACUUUGGCUUCGAUAAGUUUCGCUCUAAAACUCAGGAGGAUGUUGUUAAAACGGUCAUCAGAGGUGGAAGGGAUGUGUUUGUGUGUAUGCCCACUGGAGCAGGGAAGUCUCUCUGCUACCAGCUGCCUGCAGUCCUGGCUCAGGGGAUCACUCUGGUUAUAUCCCCGCUCAUCGCUCUCAUCCAGGACCAAGUAGACCGCUUGAAGAGUCUGAACAUCCCCGCCUGCUCCAUCAACUCCAAACUACCUGCAGGAGAGCGCCGCCUCAUCUUGGCGGACCUGGGGAGCAGCAGCCCCAAGCUGAAGCUCCUCUACAUCACUCCAGAAAUGGUGGCCUCUCCCUCCUUCCAGCCCUGCCUUACAGACCUGUGUUCCCGCGGCCUUCUGUCUUACCUGGCCGUGGACGAGGCUCACUGCGUCUCUCAGUGGGGACACGACUUCAGACCGGAUUACCUUAAACUGGGAGAGCUGCGUGCCCGCAUGCCGGGGGUUCCCUGUUUGGCCCUGACUGCCACAGCACCAAAGAAUGUACAAGAGGACAUUAUGAAAUCCCUGAGGCUGCAGUCACCGCAGUCUUUCCUCACACCUGUCUUCCGCAGUAACUUGCACUAUGAUGUGAUCUUCAGGGAGAUGCUGCCAAACCAGUACGCUCACCUCCAUGCCUUCAUUAAGAAGGCGCUGGGACUGGACAGCAGCGCUAACGGACAGGGCUGUGGGAUCGUGUACUGUCGGACCAGAGACGGCUGUGAAACUGUGGCCUACGAGCUCACCAAGCUGGGGGUCUUAUCCAAACCGUAUCAUGCAGGACUGAAGGCAGGAGAUCGCACAGAGGUGCAGAAUGAGUGGAUGGAAGGGAAGGUGCUGGUUAUUGUAGCGACUAUCAGCUUUGGUAUGGGAGUGGACAAAGCCAACGUCAGGUUUGUAGCUCAUUGGAAUCUGGCGAAGUCGCUCGCCAGCUACUACCAAGAGUCCGGGCGAGCUGGAAGAGACGGGCUGCCCUCCUCCUGUCGCACAUACUACUCCGAGAAAGACAAGGGGCAGCUGAACUUCCUCAUCCGGUCGGAGGUCGGACGCAAACAGGCGAAACGCGGCACACCGAAGGAGACGGACAAAACAGCCAUCACAGACUUUGAAGCCAUGGUGUCGUUCUGUGUGCAAGAAUCUUGCCGCCAUGCCACCAUCUCCAAGUUCUUCGGUGACAAAGUGCCAAACUGUGCCGGCGCCUGCGACUUCUGCAAGAACCCCAAAAUGGUCAGAGCUCAGCUGGAGCGAGCGACCGCACUCAGCACCAAAAUGGCAGCAGCGAGCAAAGAGCCCAAAGGACCGUUUGGUUACCAGCAGGGUCUGUACGCCGGAGGAAGGAAGGGCUACGGCUUUGAAAGGCACGAUGAAGCUGAUGGAAGCGGCAGCGAUGACGACGGCUCGAAGAGGAAGAAGAAUUUUUCUGAUCUCUAUAAGAAGCAGAUGAACAUCAGGAAGGGAUCUGACGGUCAGAGGGAGGACUUUAUUCCUCCAGAUAAUGACUGUCAGCUCAAAGAGGCCAGCAGCCAGAGGAUCCCCAGACUCACUGUGAAGGCGAGGGAGCACUGCCUGUCCCUCCUGCAGGAGGCGCUUUACGGCCACCAGAGGGCAGAAGACCCAUUCAACUCUGACCCUCUCUCUCUGGCCGUGGAUAUCGAGCAUGAAGUUUUCAGGAGCAGCAAGUCAUCCAACUUGUACAAAGCUGCCGUUCUAAAGAGGGUGUCAGAGAUGAAGAAGACGACGCCCGCUGCAGCUAAAGAGGAACGAGGAGACGGGGACUGCAAAGAAACUGAGUCUGAACUCAAAGAGGAACCAACCUGCUCCUCCUCUUCCUCCUUUGCUGAGGAUCUGCAGGGGUUCAAACCUGCAUCAGAGAUCUAUUCAAUGAAGCGUAAGAGGGUGGGAGCAGGCCUGAGGGGCUCCUCCACCGUCUUCCAAUCCGCCAGGGACCUUAUGAAGUCCUCCACGUUGGAGAGCGAAUCCAACAAGGGGACAGAGAACGGUGGAUUCCUCAGCUCAGGAGACUCAAAAACACACACGUCAUCGGAUGUGACAUCAUCCAUCAGAGCGCGAGCAAGCGCCGUCGCCGCCUCGCUGAACAGCCCGACAAAGACGAGCCGAGCUAGCAAGAAGCAGCAGAAACUAGCAGAGGCAGCGAAGAGUACCAGGAACAUUUCUCAGUUCUUUACAAAGAAACAAACAACAGAAGAAAAGCAAGAUGAAGAGACGCGGGAUGGAUUUGAUCUCACGUUAGCUGAUGCUGAAGCUGUUGCUGAUGCUGAAGCUGAAGCUGUUGCUGAAGCUGAAGCUGAAGCUGAAGCUGCGUUUGCUCAAGAAGACAGCUGGGAGAAGUGGGAGCUCAGUCCUGAGGAUCCAGACAUUUAUGAGGUGACACAAGAAGAAAGUAAGGAAGAUGUAAUUGUGAUACCAGAUGAAGAGGAAGAGAUGGAGGAGGUGGAGAAGGAAGAAGAGGUGGAGGAGAAGGAGGAGGAGAAGGAAGAGGAGAAGGAGGAGGAGGUGAAGGAGGUGGAAACUGAAAAGGAAGAAAUGCUGGAGCAGGAUCCAGAGCAGGAGCAGGUUCAAGAGGAAUGUAAAGAGUCCAGUAUCGGACUAAAUGAACCAGAAGAAAAAGCUAAAUCACCUUUAAUAACGGAGCCGUCAGACGAUAAGAAACCAAACACUGAGCGCUCUCCUCCAGCGAAGCGCCGACGUCCCGCAGACGGACGCAGCAAAAGAGUCACGUUCAACCCCGAUGUCCAGGAGCGAGCGCUGCUCCCCGUCAACGAUCCGCCUGCAGCCGCAUCGCUAAAGGAAGCAGCUGACAUCGUGGUCCGGUACCUGGACCCCUUUUACACUCAGGGAAAAUUUGCCAAUAAGGAGCUGUUCAAAGCCUUCGCCCGGUACUUAUCCCACCUCCUCACAGAGGGCAGAAGUCCAGGGAAAGGACAAGUCAAAGCAGAAGCCAAAAGUCUCAUCAAGUCGUUCUUCAACAAAGUGAAGCGCUGUGAGAGCGAGGCCGACUGGAAGCAUCUCAAGAGGCCGCACGGCGUCAGAACCAUCGAGAACACAGAGUGAUGGGAGAGGAAUCAAACCCUUCCUCUUUGUGCCUGAGCUUCCCUUCCCCUGUGAUCACCGGCUUCAACACAGAAGUCUGAUCUGCUGCUAGAGUUCUGCUUUCCCCACGUCAGUAAUUAAGCAAUACCAUGUGAGCUGUUUACAGCCAGGUCUCUUUUUCUUUACACGUUUCUUUAUGUUCUGCUCGGUUACUGACAUUUGUGCACAGGCGGUAAUUCGUCCGUGCCGUAUUGAGCUGUGUUAGAUCUGCAUUCGUCAUUAUUCAAGUCAGUUUGCACUUAACACCUGAAUGAGAAUCUGUUUAAAGUGUCAAAACAAACUCAUCUCUCUUCUUAAAGCCAGACAUGAAGAAACGAGCACUUUCCUGAUAAAGCUGCAUUCACAUUUUCAUCCUCUGGGGACCACGUACGUCUAAAUUAGAUGUCUAUGAAGACAAAGUUAUGAAAUAAUAUCUCAGUUAUGGACCGACUACUGUAGCACCAUUAAAUCUGUAUGAGUGCAGAUAGUUUAUCUUCCAGUUAAAGGAGAGGAAACACAAACAAACAGGAAGAACACUUUCAUAUCUGACAUGAGUGUGACGCUGUGAGAGCUUCAUGCUGUAGGAACGUUACUGCUGCUAAGUGAAUCGUAUGAUCGACACAGGACGGGUUUAAACCGUCCUCUUUCUUUCUUUCUUUCUUUCUUUGUUUUUUAAUUUGAGUAAACUGUUUGUCUGAAAUUCAAACAACAUGGUUUCUAAUGAGGGGAAUACUUCCUGGUGCCUGUCGGGGGCUGUGAGAGGCUUCUGUCUCCACAGUCAGGACAUAAAAGAUGGAGAUGUGUGUGUGUGUGAGUGUGUGUAAGUAAGUCAGUGUGUAAGUGUGUGUGUGUGCAGCCACAGUCUCCUCUCUUUGCCUCUUCAUGUUUACAAUAAAGUCUAUGAGCAGACUAACCUCCCUGUGA